CGUGACAGGGAGGGGCUCCUCCAUUGGCCGCGCCGGCGGGGCCGGGCGCGCGCCCCCGCGAGUGGCCGUGUCCCGUGUCCCGUGUCCGUCCCCGCCAUGGAGGCUUUGCUGAGGAGGUGCCGUCUCCCGGCGCUGGGCGCCCGGCAGCACGGGCUCAGGGCCCGGCACGGCGGCACCCCGGGCAGGGCCAGGCGCCUGCUGCUCUCGCAGCUCUUCCAGCCGCUGGCCCUGCCCGUGGGCGGCCAGGCAGGGCCCGAGGGCCGGCCCGGGGAGCCCACCUGCCGCAGCCAGCGGCUGAUGCUGCAAGGGGGGCUCAUCCAUCCCAGCAGCCCCGGCUGCUACUGCUACCUGCCGCCCGCCGUCCGCGCCAUGGAGAAGCUGAUCAAGGUGAUGGAUGAGGAGAUGCAAGCCGUGGGCGGGCAGAAGCUGAACCUGCCCAGCCUGUGCUCGGCGGAGCUGUGGCGCGCCAGCGGCCGCUGGGACCAGAUGGGGCCGGAGCUCUUCCGGCUGGUGGAUCGGCACAACCACGGCUACUGCCUGGGCCCCACGCACGAGGAGGUGGUGACGGCGCUGGUGGCCUCGCAGAGCGGCCUGUCCUACAGACAGCUCCCGCUGCUCCUCUACCAGGUGACCAGGAAGUUCCGGGACGAGCCCAAGCCCCGCUUCGGUUUGCUGCGCAGCCGGGAGUUCUACAUGAAGGACAUGUACUCGUUCGACGCCUCCGAGGAGGCGGCUCGGCGCACCUACGAGCGGGUGUGUGACGCCUACUGCAGCCUCUUCACCCGCCUGGGGCUGCCCUUCGUCAAGGUGCAGGCGGCCACGGGCAACAUCGGCGGCACCACGUCCCACGAGUUCCAGCUCCCGGCGGACAUCGGCGAGGACAGGCUGGUGCUGUGCCCUCAGGGACAUUUUGCUGCCAACGUGGAGACGCUAAACGGGGAGCAAAUCUCGUGCCCCACGUGCGGGGAGAAACUCACCGAGACCAAAGGGAUCGAGGUGGGGCACACGUUUUACCUGGGCACCAAGUACUCCUCCGUCGCCAACGCCGUCUUCUCCUCCGCCGACAACAAACCCCAGCUGGCAGAAAUGGGUUGCUACGGCCUGGGCGUCUCUCGCAUCCUGGCGGCCUCCAUCGAGGUGCUCUCCACUGAGGACAGCAUCCGCUGGCCGAGCCUCAUCGCUCCCUAUCAGCUCUGCUUCAUCCCCCCCAAGAGGGGCAGCAAGGAGGAGGAGGAGGAGGGAGCGGUGCUGCUGGAGCAGCUGUACGAUGACCUGGCCGAAGUGGUGCCCCACCUCGCUGGAGACUCGGUGCUGGAUGACCGGACCCAGCUGACCAUCGGUAAAAGGCUGAAGGAUGCUAAAAAGCUGGGAUAUCCCUACGUGGUUGUGGCUGGGAAGAGGGUCUGCGAGGACCCCCCGGUCUUUGAGGUUUGGAAUCAGAACGCUGGCGAGGUUCUGUUCAUCACCAAAGAAGGGGUCAUAGAGCUGCUGAGUAAAGUGCAAGCCCCUUAAAUGCCUCCUCUCUGAAUCUGUCAUCUCUGCUGCUGUGAGUUUGUCUGAGCAGCCCUGGUGAUGGCUCUGGGUGAGCAGAGGCAAAUCCAGCUCACGUCAGAGCCAGCUAUGGGUCCCGCAGGUGCUCCAGGUGCUGAGGUUGAGCUGGGAUCAGCCCACGUUCCCCCACAGGGCUGGGGACAUUCCUCCCUCCGGGUACAGGUCCCUGAAAAUUGCUUUUCCCAGCACCUCGUGUGGCUGUGGGAGCACUGGCAGGGACAGACUGGCCAUGGGCUCUGUCAGGAGCACAGGACAGCCAAGGCUGCACGGGGACAGGAGGGCUCCCCUCGCUGCCACGUUCUCAGCAUGAAGGAUUCUGAGAGAAAGACAAAGGGAGGUGACUUUCAUCUGUUUGCAUCUCUUUGGGAGCACCCAGGUCCCAUGAAUGUGUGCCAUGGCAAGCCCUGGGGCUCUGGUGAGGAACAGCUUCUGCAGGGAGCUCCUUGGAGGGGGUCGCCUCACCCUGUGCCACAGCUCCUCUCUCUGGGAUCAAGAGAUCAUGAGCAACAACGGUGACAAUGUAAUAAAAUCACAGAAUCGUUCAGAUUGGAAAA